AUGACAAACCUGGAAGCGCUGGUCACCAACAUCGAGCUCUGCAGCAAGACUGGCGGCUCCAGCGCGGUCACGUUUCCCACCCUCAAGAAGCUUUCCGUCAGCGAUGUCGUUGCUAUUUGGAGCAGCGUGUCUAAGCACGUUCGGCAACAGCUUCUGCAGAGAAAGCCUCAGGCUGUCAGCAUAACGGGACUGGGGACAUUUCAUAUUCAAAAAUGGCUCUCUUCGGAAAAUGGCGAGGUGCUCGCAUUUCAGAGACCCGUGUUUUCGCUGUCCAGGACUGUUGCACGGAUCCGUGAGCUGCAACAUGCUUCUGUACCUCUUCCUGGCGAGAUUAAGAAAGUGUCGGUGAACUACAAGAAGAUCCACUCGGAUGCCCCGUAUUCCGAGGAAGUCGUGCAGAACUGUAUGCAGGAGACCCUGAACUUUUUCUACUUCAUCCUAACAAACAGAGAAGACACGGACUUCAUUUUAAAGGAUGUUGGCACUCUUGCUAUCCGGGGAACAGAAGUGACAAUGGCAUUUUGCGAAGACUUUUUAAUAAGCCUCAACAGGUCGACAUACGUGGUACAGAAGUUGCUCGCUAAGAAAUGGGUCGUAUCGGACAAAGACGUUGCGCUCUCUCCGAGCCAUUUUGGCCGUGUCCACCAGUUUCCACAGUUUGAGAUUAGGACAGUGCCUCGGAGAGCUUCUCUCACAGCCGAAGAGAUAUGUACAGAAUUCGACAGUGUUUUGAGCCGCAUGGGGAUAAGAGAGGCUGUUUGUCACACAUUACGCCGCCUGCGAAGGGGCGUUUCUACAGACCGCUUAGCCAGAGCUGAGAUGGAGGAAGAAGCACAGGAGAAAAUGGAGGGACAAGGCCUUCCUGGCAGACUGUUGUCAAAAGGUGCAGGCACAGAAGGAAGGCAGCCCAAAGAAACUCCUUUCGAGAGCCCUGAAUUGCCAUUGCCUCUUUCUGAAGAACGCAGGCAGACGGGACAGAAAGGACAGUCUGUAUUUGGGCUGAACGGCAGGAGAAAACUGGAGGCAUCCAUGGCCAAAAGGAAGGAGAUAGAAGAGAACAGCAAAGCAGGAAGGGUCAUCUUGCCAGAACUGCCUCAACAGCAAGCUGGGAGAGAAAGCGACAAGAUGCAGAGGGCCCAGCUGCCCCAGGAGGAAGAAGGUAGCCUCAGCUCCCCAGAGACCACCUCUGAUACAGAAGAGGGUCUACAAACAGUGGAGGCUUGGACUGAGGCGAGGAGGCAGUUUCGAACCGAGCUGGAAAGCUUCGGGGACGUGGAAAAAUGGCUGACUCAAAAACCUUCCCUCAGCAAUCAAGAAGAAAGAUUCUGGCAAAGACUAAAGGCACGCAGGGCAGACAGGAGGGCUGCUGUCAAAUCAGCCGUGAGCGACAGCCCCGAUGUAAGUACAGAAAGCAGCCAGCCCUGGAAGAAGGGUAGCAUUCCCCUUGUUUGUGCACCAUACCCCCAGGCUCUUGUCACGCUGCAUAACCUCCUGCACAAAAAGAAGCUGAGGAUGGUGGACGUAUUCAAGAAGGCUGGUAUGGACGGGAGGAAGAUCCAGAGAGCAGACUUCAUUAAAGUCAUCAAGGAGACCAAAGUUCCCAUCAGCGAGAAGGAUCUGGAGGACGUGGUCAUCUUCUUGACUUCCUCAAAACCGGGGAAUUUUAUAAGCCCCAAAGAUCUGAUUGACUGUCAAAAGCAGUGGCUGGAAAUGAGGAAAGGACAAUCCCAAGAGACCAAAACAGGUGUAGAAGCUCAGUUCCAGAAGGCCACCUGCAAAACUGCCACUUGUCCACCUUCUGCUGGGGGCACAGCCAAAGGGAUGAAGCCUCACGCUCCUACCAAGCCCGAGAGAAAGUUAAUACACUUGGAAGUUCCACCAGUCAACACCGAGCCAGAACGACGACAUCUGAGCUAUGAUGAAAUGGAAGAGAUUGGAAAACUCAUGAGAGAGAGGAGACGGUGGGAGAAGAACAAAGACAGCCCCAUAGAACAGAAAGAAAAGUGCCGGCUGGUGAGAUCUGGGGAUGGCCCCAUUGAUGACCACUGCCUGCCGUCAACUGUAGAGGCUGACUUGGGAGAACUGGUUGACCGCUAUCGCAGGAAUGCCUUCAUGAGCUAUCUGAAGAGCUCCAAGCUGUGCACAGAGCGCAACGUUGACAUCACCGAGCCAACGCUGCAGAAAGCCCUGCUGCAUCCAGGAGACAAGAUCAUCAAGGUGGGAGAAGACAUAAGGAAGAUCAGGCAGCCCGGAGGAUACUACAGCACAGGAGGUGCUGAUGCUCCAUUACCUGGGAGCACCUCCAGAUCAGGAACUGCAGCUGGAAGCCAGGCCAAGGAGGCGGAAAAUAGGUUUGUUCAAAGAGGGCAUCUUCAGAGGAAUAAGAUGCAGAAGUCAAGCGACAAUAACUUCUGGCCAGGUCAUCUCCUGGACAAGCUAUGCCUUUACUUUCCUGAAAAGCAGCAUGACAGGGCACACGCCUUGUUCAGCUGUGUUCAUCCAACCAAGCCCGCCUACCAUGGCUUCUAG